AUGUCAAUUAGCGGUGUCAUAAACGAUUCAAUACAGGAUAACUUAUCCUUCCUGGAAGAAUAUUCAAAUUCAAUACUCAAUCAGAUUGCUGAACUUCAUGUCAAUGAUGGCGCUACCAAUUUGGUUUCUGUAUCUUAUGGUGAGAUCCCUAAUCAAGAUGAAGUGAUUGAUCAAUUAUCAACUGUUCAAACUAAAUUCAAUGAGAUCUUUGAAUUGGUAUCAACCUUGAAGAAGAAUAAUUCUUCAAAUAUCACAUCAUCUAAGCGUAAUAUUGAUUUGAAUGAUAAGAGUGUCAAAUUGAAUAAAGUUGUGGAUAUUUUGGAACCAUUUAAGAAUGGUUCUAUUUAUUCAAAAGUGAAAUCCACUGCUAAUGCUGCUUCGAAUGUUGAUCCGUUAGCUCUGAAAGAAAUAGAGUUGGUUGGUAAAUUGGAAAAUUUGAUUGUUCUUUAUGCAUUAUUAUCCUUAUAUCAAAUCACUUUAACACAGUAUUUGAAUUAUACAGUUCCUUUGAAUGAUGAUAUUUUCUAUUGGGAUAUUGUUUCAUCUUCCACUUGGAGAACUGCUUUAUAUUCCCUUCAAACUUUGCCUGAAAGAAGCUCUCAACUAAUUCAAAGUGUUUUCAAUGAUUUGAAAAAAGCAGCCAAUCCAAAUGUGUCAACUCUAGAUAUCCAGGUCCCACAAUUUAUCGUUCAAAACCAUCCAUCUUAUACCAAUUCUUAUAAACUGUUUGUUCAUUAUCGCAACAUCUUGACACAUUCUCUAUACAACAACAUUUUGGCUAAUAAUAUCAAAGGUUUUUACAAAUCAUUAAGUUCAAACAAAAACUUCAAUAUGUUUGAUAUUAAAAAGAAUCCUCCAAGGUUUAAAAACUAUUUAUCAGUUAUUUUAGGUGCUCCAUUUGUUUCAAUAACUCAAGAAGUACAAUCAAAGAAAGCAAAACUAAUUGAUCUUCAAUCUGAUAAUGCUAAAAAGCUGGGUUCUUUGAUAACAAACGUUCCAAACUUGAAGAAAAUUCAUAAUGAUACAAACAAAAUUAAUGAAAGUUUACAAUCUUUAAACUUUGUUUUGUCGGAUAAUGGUGAAUCAACCAGUGAUUUAUUACCAAACUUGUACAACAUUUCAAAUUCCUCAUUGCCAAAGAUCAAGAAACAAGUUCAAUCAAUAAGAUCUGGAAACUCAAAGCCAAGUUUCCUUACAAGAUAUUGGCCUUCUAUUUUAUUAACAGGGCUAUAUGGACCAUCUGCCGUAAUAACAGUCAUUACGAAUAAAGAUGAAAUCGUUAAUUUCAUUCAAAAUAAUUUGAUUGAAACAGUUCAAGGCUUUUGGAAAAAUUGGAUAUUGAAACCAGUUUCAAACAUUUUAUCAACAAUUCGUCAUGAUGAUAAUUCAGAAAUUUCAAUAAUGUCACAAAAAUCAUUAGAUUCUGAUUUAGAAUCUUUGAAAAGAAUGGUUAUUGAAUAUACUCUAGAAAAUUCACCAGAUUAUAAAAAUCUGAAAUCAACAGAUUUAGAAAUCCUAAAACAAGAACUGGAUAGAUUAGUAUCAAGUGGUGAUUUAACUCCUCUUAUGAAAGAUUAUGAAAAUGAUAUAAAAAAUCCUUUGAAGAAUUUGAUCAAGGGGAAAUUAACAAGAGCUUUAUUAAUUCAAUUACAAAAGACAAAAGUCGAUGGUGCAGUGGCUAUAAAUGGUAUUGAUAAAUUAUUAAAAUCUCAAGAACUAGUGUUUGGUAUAGUUGCAGCAUCUCCAAGUUUAGUGAUUGUCGUGUAUUUGUUGAAGGCUAUCAAUUCUUAUAUUCAAAAAGGUUAUAUCUCAAGAGGUACUGGUGAAAGAAAAUUAAUUGUUUCCAAGAAUUUGAACAAUAUUCAACGAUUACUAAACAAGAUCGAUGAAGGAUCAACUGGAAACAAAGAUGAAUUGAAUUACACUAAUGGUAUGUUGCUUUUAGAAAUUAUUUCAUUAAGAAAUAAUGGAUUAUUUAUCAUUCCAAAGAAUAGAAGAUUUGAAUGGUUGAGAGACGUUAAUGAUUUGAAUGAUAAAAACUUGAAACCAAACGCAAAGUUGAACACAGUUCAAAGAAUUUACAACACAUUUGGUCAUUUCAUCAAUUGA